AAGUGACAAUUGACAAUAUCUGCAUUUGGCGGCAAAGUGGUAUGCUUAUAGUUUUUGUUUAACGAAAAAACAUUUCUUUUAAAGAUUUUUAUAACUAUUUUCAAAUAGGAGCGUUUUUCCUUUUCUUUAAUCUGAUUCAAAUCAUUGCCAUAAAAUGGUGAAUAGACCCGUAGGAAAGAUGUACGUAUUGAAGAGAGGAGGAAGAAAAGAGGAAGUCCAUGUGGAUAAAAUUACAUCCCGAAUCCAAAAAUUAUGUUACGAAUUGAAUAUGGACUUUGUGGACCCCGUUUCCAUAACUCUGAAAGUGGUAAAUGGGCUAUAUCCAGGCGUGACAACAACGGAGCUGGAUACUUUGGCAGCUGAAACUGCGAUCAUGAAGAGCGGAGUUCAUCCUGACUAUGCAAUCCUUGCAGCACGGAUUGCGAUCUCCAACCUCCACAAGGAAACUAAAAAACAGUUCAGCGGAAGUAAAUUGAAGCAAUUUCAUUUAGGCAUAUCACGUUUUACAUUUACAUUAGGCAUAUGUUUUAAAAAGCUGUUCUCAUUUGGGUUAGGAAAAUCAAUACAUCAAUAUGGAGUAUUACUUUGGGAUCCCUCAACAAAUCAGUUUUUUUUCUCUUCUCCACUUCAAUGUUUUUUCAGGUACGAAGCUGAAGGUAAUUUCAACAGGCAAGUUCCCGCCCAGGACUUGUGGAAGGCCAUCGUUGUGUCUCAAGUCGAAACUGGAGGUCCCUGCAUGCUCUACAAAGACGCCUGCAAUGAGAAAAAUAACCAAAAACAUUUGGGAACCAUCAAGUGCGCCGGAUUCUGCACAGAUGUCAUCGCUUACACUUCGCCGGAACAAAUCGUGGCCUGCCCCCAAGCGGCAGUGUUACUAAGCAUGUUUGUCUCUUCUGACAGAAAGACGUUCGAUUUCAUGAAGUUGAGGGAGGUUACCAAGACGGUCACGAAGAAUCUGGAUAAGGUUUUAGAUGCAAGUUACUACGCCUUGCCAGAAGAAAAAAUGUGCAGCACCGAGCUUCGGGCUAUCGGAGUGGGAGUUCAAGGCUUGGCCGAUACAUUUAUAUUGCUGAGAAUGCCGUUUGACAGCGAAGAGGCUUCUCAGUUGAACAAGCAGAUCUUCGAGACUGUUUACUACAGCGCAAUGGAGGCCAGCUGCGAAUUGGCAGAAAAGAACGGGACAUAUUCCAAGUACGAGGGCAGCCCAGCCUCCGAGGGUGUUUUACAUUACCAUAUGUGGGAUUCCAAGCCUUCGGACCUUUGGAAUUGGUCCGAACUGGAUGAGAAAAUUAAAAAGUUCGGUCUCCGUAACUCCCUUCUCAUAUCCGUGAUGCCUACCCCUUUGCUGUCGCAGAUCCUGGGGACCAGCGACUCCGUAGAGCCCUACAACUCGAACGUGUUCACUCGCACGGUUUCCUCUGAAAGAUUCCAGGUAGUAAACGAGCUUUUGCUGAGAGACCUGACGGAUCGAGGCAUCUGGGACGAGGUCAUCAAGAAGAAAAUCAUAGACGCAUACGGGUCAGUCCAGAACCUCCCCGAAAUCCCUGACGACCUCAAAGCCAUUUACAAAACGAGCUGGGAAAUGUCGCAGAAAGUAAUCCUCAACCAGGCCGCAGAUCGGGCCCCCUUCGUGGACCAGGGUCAGUGCUUGAACGUCCACAUACAGAAGCCGACUUAUGGAUCUGUGACUUCGAUGCACUUUUACGGGUGGAAGAAGGGGUUGAAAAGCGGGAUGUGCUCGAUACGCACCAGGGCUGUGCCCAAAGUUGUUCAAGAAACGGUGCAGAGGAGUAAAGUAGAAGAGGUGGAGCCUGUGUCAGAAGAGCUGGAGGAGAUGAAGAAGAAGCAGGAGGAAGAGGAGGAGAGGAAUUUGGCGGGGCUGGUUUGCUCGCUGAAGAACCCGGAGAACUGUGAAAUGUGCGGGGCGUGAGUGGUAGUUGGGACUAGGUGGUUACUCGAACGCAUUUUUGUAUAUAGCUUUAUUUUAUUAGAAAUAGGAUUUAGACUGAAAGGGGUAUAUAGGAAUUCCUGAUAUACAUUACAAUACAUAUAAAACAUGUCAAUGAGUCAAUUAUUAUAGUUACUACCAAUAAAACAAAAAAUAUAUCAAAACAAUUUUUUGUUGUUGCUGAAAAAAUAUUCUCAAAAAUAAGUGUUUGAAACGAAGCAUAUAAAUGUUCGUGUAUGAAUUUAAAAGAAUUUUGAAAGCUAAAAAGAAAAGAAAAUUAAAAGAACGAAAAAAAUCCAAUUAUUCAGUGACCUCAUGUUUUUUCUAUCGGAUUUCUAAAACUACCAAUACUGACUUGAGAAAGUUCUAGCUACAUUAAUUUCAUUAUUAUUACUUGUAUCAUAACGAUGAAUUUGAUUAUUAUACCAUACUCAGUAUAAUUUGAAUGGGAGUAUACACAUCAAGAUUAUUCACAUUCGUUUGUAUCUCACUAAGAGCAGGUAGCCAGAUUUUAUUAAUGUUCAUUGCCUCUUCUUUUCUGUUGAAAUUAUUCCUGUUUUUGGAUUUCUAUUGUCUCUCUAAGUACUCUUGAACUCGGAAAAUAGCUUUCAUACAAUAAAUUGAUGGAUUUAUCCAUUACUAUGUGGUAGGAAAUCAUCAUGAAAAAAGGAAACUAAACUUUCACCACUUGUAUUCCCAUUUUGCUCCGUCAAUCCGCAGCUGGCCUCCAUAGAGCUGUAGUGAACAGUCUCGAAUACCUGCUUAUUCAACUAAGGUACCUCCUUGCUGUCAAACGGCAUUCGCAGCAAGAUAAACGUAUCAGCCAAGCCUUGAACUCCUACACCGAUAGCCUGAAGCUCAGCGCUGAAAGUUUUUUCCUCCGCCAAGGCAUGGUAACUCGCAUCUAGGACCUUAUUCAGAUUCUUCGUUACCGUUUUGGUAACCUCCCUCUACUUCAUCAAAUGAAAAGUUUUUCUGUUAGAGGAGACGAACAUGUUUAGCGACAUUGCUGCUUGGGGGCUGGCCACGAUUUGCUCGGGCGAGGUGUAAGCAAUGACAUCUGUGUUGAAUCCAGCACACUUGUUCCCAAAUGGUUUCGGUCGCUUUUCUCGUUGUAGGCGUCUUUGUAGAGCAUGCACGGCCCUGCAGUUUCAAUUUGAGACACAAUGAUGGCCGACGUGGAGUGAAAAUACAAUAAAAUGUUUCGUUGUAUUUUCAUUUCAUGAAAAUACAAUGUAAAAUUUUGUUGUAUUUUCAUUUCAAGUUUUAUUGCUUAUAUAUUAUUGAUAUUUCAGUCCAUAUUUUUCAAUUAUAAAAUUUAAACCAACCUUACUUUAGACUUACAGUAGCUCCCCAAACCAUGGCGGAAUAAAAUAUUAUGAGAUAACACACCAUUGAAAAAUCUUUCAGAAAUAAACUACAAAUAUUCCUAAUCGGAAAUGCGUUUUGUAGUACUGUAGAAUUCUUGACUCAUUGUAUGUAUAUGGUAAAUUCCUAUGUAUUUCAUUCAGUAUUUGUCUUUUAAUUUUAGAAACUGGACUAUAUAGUCUGAUAUGUCCAUACAUUUUUAUGAAUGAAUGUGUAAAAUUGUUUCACGUUAAUAAACUGUAUUAACUUGUUCAA